AUUAUCCGGGUUAUUAUUAUCCGGCACAUUACCAGGGUUUCUACUGAAUGACGUUGCACAACCACAGAUAUGGACGCAACUGUAAAUGACUCGGGGACACAAGAUGGAAAGCCGUAUGUUGACCUCAAAAGGAACACAAAUGGACAGAACUGAGGAAAUCCCCAUAAACUGAGUGGGCGAAGGGGAAGUGUGUUCAAAUAAAUAAAGUGAUCCCAAGUUGCAGAUACUGUAGACAGUAGACGCUGCGAACGGGACAAAUCGAUAUGAAGCUGCAGUCUGCCAUCAAAGGUAAUGUUGCACAUUGAUGAGAAUACAUUUAGUAGCCUUGUUCUUCGCCUUUCUCAUAUGUGGUCUCUUGCAACAGCUUUGGGAUGUCUGUGUCUGCUGGUUGCAGAUGGAUUUCCAGUUUCAGAGUACGACUCUCCAAAGAUCAUCGGGCCUCUCCACAACACAGUAAAAGCAGAUCUAGGCGAGCAGCUGGUUCUCCACUGUGACGCGUUACCAAACUGUGAAGAUGAUGAGGCUCUGAUCUACUGGCUCGUAAAUGGCUCUUUCCCCGAGGAAACCUCCUGCCACGACAGAAUAAUCGAAACAAACGAAUCAACUUUAAUGGAAGGGUCGAUCCUGCAGAAGAGUUUGCUGUUGAAAAACGUCACAUUGGAGGACUUGAAGUCCACCUUCAGCUGUGUUGUGACAAAUGCUGUGGGAAUGACACAAAAGUUCAUAAAGUUAGCAAAUACCGAUUGUAGUGAUAAUUAAGAAAAUCUCAAGCCAGCUGGUAAACGAAGCUUACUGUUAUGUUUCUCUUGUAGUAUGCACGUUUGACAUUAAAUGUACGUUGUGCUGAUGAAUGAGUCCCUUCAGCUUCAACAGUCGUGUUGAACAGAAGAAAAACCAACACCCCUUUUUAUCCUCUGGUCGUUUGUAUGUGGAAGCACUUUAAGAUGAAACGCUGACUGGAAGAUGUCAGAAAUGUCUGUGUUUGAAACAUCCACAGCGAUGUUUCUGUGAAAACCUCAACAAGCUGGGAUGUAAAUGUUCUUCGCUGCCAACACACUGUCAUUUAGAUGCCACACAAAGGCACUUUACUCUGACUUCUGAGUAUAUGCAGAAUAUAUCAAAAAUAAAUUCCUAAACCUUUUA